GCGCCCGCCUCCAAGCGGCACCGCACCGUGGAGGACUUCAACAAGUUCUGCACCUUCGUGCUGGCCUACGCGGGGUACAUCCCCUACCCGCAGGAGGAGACGCCCCUGCGGAACAGCCCCAGCCCCCCCAACAGCACCGGCGGCACCAUUGACAGCGAUAGCUGGGACCCCCGGUUCAACGAUGUCCCUUCCUCCGUUUCCUUGCCCGCCAAGAACAGAAAGAGCUUCAGCCAGCUCAAGCGAACGAAAUCUUACAGCUCCCUGUUCCAGAGAGCAAAACCCGGCAGCUUCCUGCCAGAGCGAAAGCAGAUYGACAAGAUCAGGAAGAAGAAGAAGCUGAAGAGAAGGGAGACGGAAGCCUCUGUGGAGGAAGAUUACGAGGAGAAGCUCUUGGAGCUGGAGGCCGAGGACUCUUUUGUGGAGGCUGCGCUGAGUCCCUCGUCCGAGGGCGAUCCUCAGUCCGCUACCGAGCACUGCUCCGCGUGGGACUCGGACACGCCGUCCAGCGUCUCCUACCCCGCCGUGGCGGCCGAGCAGACUGUGGAGAUACAGAGCGUGGGUAAAAGAACRGUCAUUCGGCAGGGGAAGCAGGUGGUCUUUCGGGAUGAGGAUGGCACCGGCGAUGACGAGGACAUUAUGGUGGAUUCGGAUGAUGAUUCGUGGGACCUCGUCACCUGCUUCUGCAUGAAACCCUUCGCCGGGCGGCCGAUGAUCGAGUGUAACGAGUGCCAUACCUGGAUCCACCUCUCCUGCGCCAAAAUCCGCAAGUCCAAUGUCCCGGAGGUCUACAUAUGCCAGAAGUGUCGGGACUCCAAGUUCGAUAUCCGCCGUUCCAACCGCUCCCGGACGGGCUCGCGCCGGCGCUUUCUGGACUAGGCGAGG